GGCCUAAAACUGAAAAGCCUCAACCAUCUCUAUCGGCGCACGGUAGUGAAAACACAAAGGGCAACCUAUAAAUUUUGCGCACAACAGCCAAAGGCUAUUCCAAACACAGUCACACUUUGUUCUCGCUCGUCUCAACCUUCACCCAAAAAUGGGUCACAACAAGCCAAGGCGAUACAGAAACCAACAAUCGCAUCGAGCUCAAUCCAGUCGCACCCAUCAAGUUUCUGGGGACGAUGAGUCUCUCCCAAUCGAACCAGAAGCUGAAGAUGAGCCAACGGUUCCUAAAAUUCAGCUUGCAAUGUGGGAUUUUGGGCAAUGUGAUGCGAAAAGGUGUACAGGGCGCAAGCUUGCAAGAUUUGGUUUGUUGAAAGAGUUGCGCGUCAGUAAUGGUUUUGGAGGCAUUGUUUUGAGUCCUGCUGGGAAGCAAUGUGUCUCAAAGGAAGAUUAUGUCUUAAUGAAGAGGAAAGGAUUAGCUGUUGUGGAUUGCUCGUGGGCACGCUUGGAUGAUGUUCCUUUCACAAAGCUGCGUUGUGCUGCACCUCGUCUCCUACCAUGGUUGGUAGCAGCAAAUCCCGUAAAUUAUGGUCGACCAUGUCAACUAUCUUGUGUUGAGGCGUUAUCUGCAGCUUUAUUAAUAUGUGGGGAGAAGGAAACUGCAAAUUUAUUACUAGGCAAGUUCAAGUGGGGUCAUGCUUUCCUGUCCCUCAACAGGGAACUUCUAAAGGUAUACUCUGAAUGUGAAAAUAGUGCUGACAUUAUUUCGGUUCAAAAUGCUUGGCUUUCCCAACAACGCCAGCGGGUCCCAGAGGUUCCACCACUCACAGAAGGAGCAGACGUGGUAUCUCAAAGUGGAGAUGAAGGCUCCUGUUAUGAUUCUGAAGACGGACUUCCGCCUCUUGAAAAGAAUUUAAAUCAUUUGAACUUGGAGGAAAGCGAUGAGGAUAGUGAAUAAAUAGGUGUGAGAAGCUGGAACUCAGUGCUAGUUAUAUAUAUAUAUAUAUAUACAUGCUGCAUCGUUGCACAUGUGAAGUUCCCCAAGAAUAUGAUGCUGUGUUUGUAAAAUUUUCUCUAAUAAUUAUCUGUUUGUGUUUUGGGCUUUGAAGAUGUAUUGGUAUUUGAUCUGAGUACUUAUUUUUUUUUCCUCCCCGCGCAAAAUGUUGCGUGUUUUGUUAUUUGAUAUGAUUUUUACUCUUGUUUACUUGAGUUGGGAGUGUACAACAAAUGAUUCUAGAGUUCUUAUUGAUACAAUUACAAAAGUUGUUGCACUGAGUA